AUGGCCCGGGCCGGCAGCGGCAGCGAGCGGCAGUAUGAGAGCUGGUGCCGCCCCUCGCGGUCUGUGGACGCGUGGCGAGCCGAGGCGGCCGCUCCUGGGCUCUGCAUGGGGACGCUGGGAGUUAGGCGACGCGUACCGCGCGGAGGCUGGGGAUUACCCCGGAGCUCCUCUGCGCUGGCUGCAGCGGGGCUGCUGUGCACCGCGUUGACCGCCUGCAUCUGCUGGGGACAGCUGCCGCCGAUGCCCUGGGCGUCCCCAGCCCCGCCGCGACCGGUGGGCGUGCUGCUCUGGUGGGAACCCUUUAGGGGGCGCGGCGGCCACCCCUGGCCUCCCCCUGAUUGCAGCCUGCGCUUCAACAUCAGCGGCUGCCGCCUGCUCACCGACCGCGCGGCCUACGGGGAUGCUCAGGCAGUGCUCUUCCACCACCGCGACCUGGUGAAGGGACCCCCCGACUGGCCCCCGCCCUGGGGCGCCCAAGUGCGCACGGACGAGGCUCUAGAGCUAAGCGUGUUCGACGACCAGGAGGGAGCGGCGAUGCUAGCAGGCGAAGCCCUGGAGACCACAGGUUCUAGACCUCCAGGUCAGCGCUGGGUGUGGAUGAACUUUGAAUCGCCCUCCCACUCCCCUGGGCUGCGGGGCUUGCCUAAGAACCUUUUCAAUUGGACGCUGUCCUACCGUGCCGACUCGGAUGUCUUCGUGCCCUAUGGCUUCCUCUACCCCAGGAACCAUCCAGCUGACCAGCCGCCAGGCCUGGGUCCCCCGCUGGCCCGCAAGCGGGGCCUGGUGGCCUGGGUUGUGAGCCACUGGGAUGAGCGCCAGGCCCGGGUCCGUUACUACCACCAGCUGAGCUGGCACGUGUCUGUGGAUGUGUUUGGUCGGGCGGGACCCAGGCAACCAGUGCCUGCCAGCGGGCUGCUGCACACUGUGGGCCGCUACAAGUUUUACCUGGCCUUCGAGAACUCACAGCACGUGGAUUACAUCACUGAGACGCUGUGGCGGAAUGCCUUCCUGGCCGUGCCAGUGGUCCUAGGUCCUGACCGGGCCAACUAUGAGCGCUUCGUGCCUCGUGGCUCCUUCAUCCAUGUGGAUGACUUCCCUAGUGCUGCCUCCCUGGCUGCCUGCCUGCUCUUUCUUGACCGAAACCUGGCUGUCUAUCGCCGCUACUUCCACUGGUGUCGGAGCUAUGCGGUGCACAUUACCUCUUUCUGGGAUGAGCCAUGGUGCCGGGCAUGCCAAGCUGUGCAGACCUCUGGGGACCAGCCCAAGAGCAUCCACAACCUGGCAGGCUGGUUCGAGCGCUGA